AUCGGAUUUUCCCCAAUUCUCUUCCAAUCGCAUGAGAAGUGUCAGAAAAGGGAGAGAGCGAUGCUGAUGCUGCGUAAAUUCAGAACGAAUAUUUAUCAGAAUAAAGAGUUUUCUGCUUCUACGUGGCAUUGAUAAAGUCAGUACCAGCUGUGUCACGAAGUAUCGAACCGACGUCGACGGUGUAAGACGCUCGGUCUCACGGUGAACACGCGUAAGGAUGACCUCGCGAUUCUUGUUGCGAUACAACCGCGCAAGUAGGACUCACUUGCAUGCGCUACACAAUCAAUCGAACCUGUUAAAGUCCAAAUACAAUUCUAGCAAUGUGCUGAACAUCGCGCCGAUGUCUGCACUACCUCCCGACAGUCCGAUGAACGUUUUUGACAGGAACGCGAAGUUGCUACAUCGCGAACGUGCCGCCAGGGACGCCGACAUCAAACUUUACGAUUACAUCAAGGAUGAGGUUGGUGAUCGACUGGCCGAUAGGAUAUUUGACAUUAAACGUAGGUUCAAGAGAGCCUUGGACUUGGGCUGUGGUCGUGGUCAUGUGUCCAAGCGGAUUCUCAGCGAAUCAGUGGAAGAACUGGUACUGAGUGAUAUGAGUCCAAGCUUCUUACGUCAGGCUGAGACCAUGGAGGAUAUAAAAGUCACAAAGAAAGUCAUCGAUGAGGAAAAUCCUGCCUUUGAGGACAACAGUUUUGACAUGGUGAUUAGUUGUCUGAGUCUCCACUGGGUCAAUGAUCUUCCAGGAUGCUUCAGACAUAUUAACAAUAGCUUAAAGAAUGACGGUGUGUUCUUGGCAGCUAUGUUUGGUGGUGAAACGCUCUAUGAGCUGAGAAGUUCCUUGCAAUUAGCUGAACUGGAGAGAUAUGGAGGUAUCUCACCACAUAUCUCACCAUUCGUGGAGAUCAGGGAUAUUGGAUCUCUAUUAACGAGAGCAAAUUUUACCAUGUUAACUAUUGAUACUGAUGAGCUAGUUAUCGGUUAUCCAAGUAUGUUUGAACUCAUGUGGGAUUUGAAAGGAAUGGCUGAGAAUAAUGCAGCCAAGAAUCGUAACUUGCAUCUAUCAAGAGAUACGCUGAUUGCAGCUGCUUCUAUAUACCGAGAACUCUAUGGAAAAACCAAAGAAGACAAUACUCCGUUUGUUCCUGCCACAUUUCAGGUAAUAUACAUGUUGGGAUGGAAAUCAGAUUUGUCUCAACCAAAACCCCUUGAAAGAGGUACAGGGGAGGUAUCGCUCAAGGACUUGUACAAGCUUGACAAGAUCAUCAAGGACAGCAAAAAAAUAAAACUCGACGAUGAUAAAUAGCUUUUUAUUGAUUGCGCGCUGAAUGUAAAUACUCUAUCAUGUGUAAAAUAUAAAACGUAGUGUAAAUCCUCUUAAAUGAUAAGCAUAAAAAAUAACUUAUUACUUAUCAACAAUUAUAUUUUCUUACUGUUUUCAUAAAUGUACUCUGCUGA